AUGGAUUCAACACCAAGAAGAAAGAGUGGCCUCAACCUCCCAUCUGGGAUGAAUGAGACUUCUUUAAGACUAGAGACCUUUUCUUCUUCAAGUUCUUUUAGAGCAGUAACAUGCGUAUCAUCACCAAGAGCAAUAUCAAGUUUAUCUUCACCCUCAAAAACCUCUUCUUGUAGUGAUAGAUUCAUACCAUGCAGAUCAUCUUCAAGGCUACACACUUUUGGACUUAUAGAGAAAGGAUCUCCUGUUAAAGAAGGAAGCAAUGAGGCAUAUGCGAGGUUGUUGAAAUCUGAGCUUUUUGGGUCUGAUUUUGGUUCUUUUUCUUCUCCUGCAGGUGGUCAAGGAGGUUUGAGCAGUCCUAGCAAGAAUAUGUUGAGGUUCAAGACUGAUCAUUCAGGGCCUAACUCGCCCUAUUCUCCUUCAAUCUUUGGACACGAGAGUGGGAUUUCUAACGAGUCUUCUACUCCUCCUAAACCACCAAGGAAAAUCCCCAAGACACCCCACAAGGUUUUGGAUGCCCCAUCACUUCAAGAUGACUUUUAUUUGAAUCUUGUAGAUUGGUCCUCACAGGAUGUACUCGCCGUUGGGCUGGGAACUUGUGUCUAUUUAUGGACUGCAUCAAAUAGUAAAGUGACCAGAUUGUGUGAUUUAGGGCCUAAUGACAGUGUAUGCUCUGUGCAAUGGACCCGGGAGGGCUCAUACAUAUCAGUUGGUACACAUCUUGGUCAAGUUCAGGUGUGGGAUGGAACACAGUGCAAGAGGGUCCGAACCAUGAGCGGGCAUCAAACAAGAACAGGUGUCUUGGCUUGGAACUCGAGGACACUAGCAUCAGGAAGCAGGGACCGGAAUAUACUCCAGCAUGAUCUUCGCGUUUCCAGCGACUAUGUUAGCAAACUUAUUGGUCACAAAUCUGAGGUAUGUGGCUUGAAAUGGUCAUAUGAUGACAGAGAACUUGCAUCAGGUGGAAAUGAUAAUCAGCUCUUGGUAUGGAACCAGCACUCCCAGCUACCAAUUUUGAAACUGAUUGAACACACAGCUGCUGUCAAGGCCAUUGCUUGGUCACCCCACCAGAGUGGUCUUCUUGCAUCUGGAGGUGGAACUGCUGAUAGAUGUAUUCGCUUUUGGAACACGACCAAUGGUCAUCAAUUAAACCAUGUUGACACAGGAAGCCAGGUGUGCAAUCUAGCUUGGAGCAAGAACGUUAAUGAGCUGGUCAGCACUCAUGGGUACUCCCAGAAUCAAAUUAUGGUGUGGAAAUAUCCAUCAUUAACCAAGGUUGCAACUCUAGUUGGUCACAGUAUGCGAGUACUCUAUCUUGCCAUGUCUCCUGAUGGUCAGACAAUAGUGACUGGAGCAGGGGAUGAGACUUUGCGAUUUUGGAAUGUCUUCCCAUCUAUGAAAACGCAGACACCAGUGAAAGAUACAGGACUUUGGUCAUUGGGACGAACCCAGAUUCGGUGA